AUGGCGAUCACCCUUGAGGCCCUAGCGGCUCAGAUGAGUACUGCUCUCACCGGCCUUGCGUCAGCUGCGGAGACAGCGAAGCAGAACACCGAGAGUUGCAAGGAGUUGCGGCUCACCACUGAGCGCAUACUCAAGUCGCAGGAUGCUCUCUCCGUCAAGGUGGGGGCGGUGGAAACGCAAAUGCUCAACAUGGGCACGCGUAUCACAUCUCUGGAGAGCUCCGUCAACAAGGUGCUCGACGCCACCACCAGCCUAGAUGGGCGCCGCGAGGUCAUUCAACACCAGGGUACCGCUUCAGAGCGUGCUCUGGACAAUGGUGCGUAUCAUAUUACAAGAAAUCAGCAUGAAUCUGGUCCAUCUAAUGUUGUUCACAUCACUAGCAAUAGAUUGCAUAGAGAUACCUCACAUAAUGAGUUUCGCAUGCCUAAAACCAACUUUCCUAAAUUUGAUGGCACACAUCCUAAAAUGUGGAAAGAAAAAGCUGAUAAAUAUUUCAACAUGUUCCAUGUUCCAGAGGAAUAUAAGGUAGAUUAUGCAACCUUGCACUUCACUGGUUCUGCAGCUUUAUGGCUACAGACCUAUGAGGCCCAACAUGACAUAGAUGGAUGGGCACACUUAGUGGUAGCUGUGUGUCAGAAAUUCUCCAAGGAUUUAUAUUACACAGAUAUGAACAAAGCUCUAGAGAUUAGACAAGCUGGUGAUGUAGAUGCUUAUUCUAGAGAAUUUGAAUUACUACAAAAUCAGUUGUUAGCACACAAUCCUGCCUUAGAUGACACCUUUUUUGUUGCAAAGUAUGUAAAAGGAUUAAGAAAAGACAUACGUUCAGCUAUCAUAUUGCAUAAGCCAAGAACAGUUGAUGCGGCUAUUUCUCUGGCUCUCUUACAGGAAGCACAGAAUAUCGAUUUCAAACGAGGCAACAAAUAUGAGUACAAAAAGUGGCACAAUCAAGCAGGACCAGGCAAACUGGGUCUUCAACCAGCAGACAUGAAAGCAGAUGCUGGAAAGCAACCAAUCCAAGUGGCUCAACCAACCAAGUUUGACACCCUUCGUGCUCAGCGUAGAGCAAAAGGUGAGUGCUUCAAAUGUGGGGGCAAAUAUGGCCCAACACACCAGUGUCCCAAACAGAUUGAGCUGGCAGUUAUGGAUGCACUGUGUGAAGCCUUGGAGAUAGAGCUUGACAAGCAUGCCGCUGAACCUCGAGAUGGUGAAACAGCAUCUGAAGAUUCAGGUGACUCAGAAACAGAGCAGUCCUUGUGUCUGUCCCCUGCAGCUACACAAGGUACUACAAGUAAAAGGACCAUGAGAUUGCUUGGUCAUAUUGGACAGUCACAAAUCCUUAUUCUGAUUGAUUCAGGGAGUUCAGGAAAUUUUAUCAGUCAAGAACUUGUUGAUCGACUGAAGAUUCCAGUGCAACCAUUAUCACCAGUGAAAGUCACCAUUGCUGAUGGCACUAAAUUGGUCAGUGACACAGGGAUGCCUGGCCUAACGUGGGGUGUUCAACAAACUAAAUUUGUUACUCCAGUCCGAGCUCUGCCAUUGAAGUGUUAUGACAUGAUAUUGGGCAUGGAUUGGUUAGAGAGCUGUAACAAUGGGAAGAUGUUCAUUGACUGGAAGCGGAAGAAAAUGAGAUUCAAGCAUGAUGGUAAAAGAAUUACCUUGCGGGGUGUCUCAACUAACAACACAUACUGUCCAAAAAUAUCAGCCACAGAGUUGCAUCAACUUGUAGAGCAAGGUUUGAUAGCCCAGCUGAUGGCGUUGAAUGUCAGUAAUGAAGCAUUACAACAAGAGAUUGUCCCAGCUGAGAUUUUGGAAGUCAUCAGAAAGCACCAAGCCUCAUUUCAAGAACCAACGGAAUUGCCACCAAGCAGAGCUUAUGACCAUCAAAUACCUUUGUUACCAGGGGCAGUACCAGUGCAAAAGAAACCAUAUCGAUAUGCCCCAACACAGAAAGAUGAGUUGGAAGCUCAAAUCAAAGAGAUGUUGCAAAAAGGAGUAAUUCAAGAAAGCCACAGUCCUUAUGCAUCUCCUGUGAUCCUUGUCAAGAAGAAAGAUGGCGGCUGGCGUAUGUGCAUUGAUUACAGAUAUCUGAAUGCAUUGACAGAAAAGAACAAGUAUCCUUUACCAGUGGUAGACGAGUUGUUAGAUGAACUUUCAGGUUCUCAGUAUUUCACCAAGCUUGACCUUCGCAGUGGUUAUCAUCAGAUUAGGCUCGUCCCUGGAGAAGAGUACAAGACGGCAUUCAAAACCCAUCACGGUCAUUGGGAAUUUAAGGUAAUGCCAUUUGGCCUUACCAACGCUCCAGCAACAUUUCAAGCUGCAAUGAACUCCGUGUUUGCUGACUUACUGCGCAAGGGCGUGCUUAUAUUUAUGGAUGACAUCUUGAUCUACACAUCCACUUUGGAACAACAUAAGGAACUAUUAAAUAAAGUGUUCACAAUUCUGCAAGAUAAUAAGUUCUAUGUUAAACAGUCCAAGUGUUCCUUUGCACAGAAAAAGCUUCAGUAUCUUGGUCAUGUCAUCAGUGCCGAAGGGGUUGCAACUGACCCAUCCAAAAUUCAAGCUAUUAAGCAGUGGCCUGUUCCAAAUACAGUCAAGCAAGUAAGGGCGUUCCUGGGAUUAGCAGGGUAUUACAGGAAGUUCAUAGCUAAUUAUGGAACUAUCAGCCGUCCCUUGACUGAAUUGUUGAGAAAGGGAACUCAGUUUAUAUGGUCGUCGGUGACAGCUACUGCUUUUCAAACAUUGAAAAAAGCAUUGGUGGAAGCUCCAGUACUUGCAUUGCCCAAUUUUCAGCUACCAUUUGAGGUGCACACUGACGCCUCUGGAGUGGGUAUUGGUGCAGUCCUGUCACAGUUGGGACAUCCCAUAGCAUAUCUUAGUAAAGCACUAAGUUCUCGUGCUCAAACACUUUCAACUUAUGAAAAAGAGUGCUUGGCUUUGAUAAUGGCAGUAGAGAAGUGGAAGCAAUAUUUGCAGCAUCGGGAGUUUACGAUAUUCACCGACCACAAAAGCCUAAUUCAUUUGGAGGCACAACAGUUGACCAAUUCAAUCCAACAUAAGGCUUUCUGUAAAUUGCUAGGAAUGCAGUACAAGGUCAGAUAUAAACAAGGAACAAACAAUGUAGUGGCUGAUGCUUUAUCUCGCUUCCCUGAUAAUGGUGAACUAGUAGCAAUGUCUGUCAGCACUCCUCGAUGGCUAGAAAUUGUGGUUGAGAGUUACUUAGAGGAUGACCAAGCAAAGAGGCUUCUCACUGAACUUAGCAUUGUCAGUCCUAAUAAUGCGGGAUAUUCAUUACACAAUGGAGUAAUCAAACAUCAGGAUAGAAUUUGGCUGGGAAAUCAUGCGGAAGCCAAAAAGGCAAUUCUAUUGGCAUUACAUGAUAGUGGUGUUGGUGGACACAGUGGAUUCAACGCUACAUAUCAUAAGGUCAAAGCACUCUUCUCGUGGCCAAAUUUGAAACAAGAUGUCAAGAAUUAUGUGGCACACUGUAUUGUUUGUCAGCAAGCGAAACCAGAACAUGUGGGAAUUCCAGGUUUGUUACAGCCUCUACCUAUUCCUGAUAAAGCUUGGGACAUUGUCAGUUUAGAUUUUGUUGAAGGAUUACCAAAGUCUGGGAAGUAUGACACCAUCUUAGUGGACAUAUCUCUCAAGGACAGAGACACUGUACCAGAUUUGGCGACAUGGUUACAAGAGAAGCAUGACAUGCAACAACUUAUUCAGCAGAAUUUGCUACGAGCGCAACAACGAAUGAAAAGUCAGGCUGACAAAAAGAGAGUGGACAGAGUGUUUGAAGUGGGAGAUAAAGUGUUUCUCAAACUUCAACCUUAUGUUCAAAAGUCCAUUGCUCGGCGCUCAAACCAAAAGCUAAGUUACAAGUUCUUUGGUCCAUAUACUGUUCUCCAGAAGAUUGGUGCAGUUGCUUACAAGUUGGAUCUUCCAUAUGAAAGCAAAAUUCAUCCAGUGGUGCAUGUGUCGUUACUCAAAAAAGCACUACCAGCAGAUGUGAUUGUUCAACCUGAUUUACCUUCACAGUGUGACGAUACUACUGGCAGCCCAGUUCCUUUACAGGUUCAGUGGUUGGGUUUAACCAAUUCGUGGUGUACCUGGGAGAAUCAUGCUCGUCUUCUUCAAGACUACCCAGAUGCUCCUGCUUGGGGACAAGCAGGUCUUCAAGGAGUGGGGAAUGUGAUGGACGUGGGCUCUAGUGGCACACUCGGCAGGCCCAAGGAAACGUCAAGCCCAGGAAGUGAUGGCUCAGCCAAGACAACUCAGGAUGUUGACUGCAAGUAA